AGUAGAUGGUACGAUGACACGACGCCAUUAGUAGUACUCUCGUUGACGCGUGCAUUACUUUCAAUAUCAUAUCUCGAAUUAUUUCCUCAUUUGAGAAAUCGUUCAAUUAUUAUCUGUGAUUUUCUUUGAAGGAGAUGCGAAUAAAUCAAAUCAAAUCUUCGCGUUUCAAACGACAAGUUUAAGUGACCUGAAAAAAUUUAUUCUCAAUUAAAGAAGAGAGGUUAUCUGUGUCGCACGCGCUUUUACAUUCAUCAAAAUGACAGUUUUACAAUCCUGCUGGUCUCCGUGCAUUUGGACAAAUAAUGUCAAAACAGGAUCCAAAGUUAUUGCAUUUUAUACAAUGGCACUGAGCAUUAUAUUUAUUACUUUAAUAUGCUAUCAAAUGAACGGUGGAGAUUCUACGCAGUUGUACAAUCCUCUUUUUGAAGCAGAUAUUAGAGGAUCGAUGCAAGUUAUAGGAAGUUGUUUGAUUGUUUACUUUCUACUUCUUACUAUUUCUGCUGCUUUAAUGAUAUAUGGAAUACGCGAAGGUGUAAGAGGAUGGCUACUACCAUGGUUAAUACUGUGGUUUAUCAUUUGCGUUUUCCUCUUAGUAUUUGGAUUAUGGCUAUUAGGAGGAUAUUAUAUUUAUUUGGACUCUGUAUUUGCUACACUAUGUAUAUGGCUUUGGAUGUCAUACAACAUUUACUGUUGGUUAGUCGUCUACUCCAUGUAUAAAGUAUUCGAAGAAUUACAGUCGCCUAAUAUUGAACUACUUUGGCCGUGAUAGGUAUAUUGCAAUAAUUUAUUAGUAAAAAAGUGCCUUUGACUACAUACUCAACACCAAAGUAAGCUGAAAUGCUCUACACCUACGUUGUGUUCUUUUUUACUUCGUUUGUGUCUAGUUUUAGGUGUUGUCUCAUGAUCUAUUUCAUAAGUCUUGCCAGAGUGCAAGAACGAUUAAUAAACCAUCAAUAAUAAUAGUA